AUUCAAGCUGCCGUGCCCCUAUUCAACAGGUUGUUAAAUCGCCAUCUUGGUGUCUAGUCACACCUCCAUUUCAGGUGUGUCGUUCAGGAAAUGUAAAUAUAGUUUCCGUAUGCUAGGUGACUGUUUACAAUACAGAAGGAGGUUGAGACAGAGGGCGUACAAUGCCAAAUGUAGGAAAUUAACUUUUCUACCUAUAGGUCUAGUUAAAAGAGAGCAAUGCAGGCUGUUUUAAUGCUUGUGUAUAUGCCCUUCUCAUCUGCCGUAAUCCAUUCCCUGCGGUACUUCUACACGGCCACAUCAGGAAUCUCAAACUUCCCAGAGUUUGUAGCAGUUGGAAUGGUUGAUGGUCUGGCCAUCAGUCAGUAUGACAGCAACACACGGAUUGGGGUUCCCAGGCAGGCAUGGAUGAAGGAGAAUCUGGAUCAGGACUACUGGAAAUCAGAGACCGAGCAGGCCAGGAAAGCUGAGAAGGCCCUCAAGGAGGACAUGGGGAUUUUAAAAAGACGCUUUAAUCGGACUGAGGGAGCGCAUGUUCUACAGAGAAUGUAUGGCUGUGAGUGGGAUGAUGAGAGUGACGUCACCAGUGGCAAUGAGCAGUAUGGUUAUGAUGGAGAGGACUUCUUCUCACUGGAGCUGAACAACAUGAGAUGGGUGGCUCAUCAACCACAAGCAGUCCUGACCAAAGACAAUUGGAACACCCACGAGUCCAUUUAUCAUGGCAGAAAACGGUACUUCACCCAGGAUUGCCGUGAUUGGCUGAAGAAGUAUGUUCAGUACGGGAGCAGUUCUCGCAACAGGACAGUCGCUCCUGAAGUGUCUCUGUUCCAGAAGAAGUCAUCUUCUACAGUGGUGUGCCACGCCACAGGGUCCUAUCCAGAUAGAGUGAAGAUCACCUGGAGGAGAGAUGGAUGGAAGAUCCAGGAGGAUGUGACUAUUGGAGAGACGCUGCCCAAUGGGGAUGGAACCUUCCAGAAGAGAGCUGAGAUCAAGGUGUCACCUGAGGAGAGAAAGAGAAGUCAGUACACCUGUGAGGUGGAACACAUGAGUGGAGAACCAACACUCAUCACCCUGACUGAGGAAGACGGAAACACUCUUGUAUCCAUUAUUGCUGGAUGUGUGAUUGCAGCUGUUGUUCUUAUUGGAGUAGUGGUUGCCGUGGUUAUGAUGAAGAAGAAGAAGAGAGACUACAAGAAGGCAAAAUUGUCUAACAUGGAAUCUGAUACCUUCAUUGGAACUACAAAGACACUGGCAUGGUAAUCCCAACACUGGCAGGGCAAUCCCAACACUGGCAUGGCAAUCCCAACACUGGCAGGGCAAUCCCUAGUGCAGGCUUGGGGAGUAACGGAAUACAUAGAACGGCGUUACGUUAGUUAGGAUACAAAAAAAGGUAACCGGAGAAAAAUACCUAAUUAGAUUACAGAUGUUUUUAGCAAAAAUUGGGAUUAUUAACAGGAUUACAAAUAGAUACAUUUCAAAUAGAUUUUUAAAUUACUACAACACUUCACAGGAAGACAACAGAGAAACCUACAAGUCCAUAUGAUGGAAAAAAAUGCUUUCCCUGGAUUGGAAAUAUCGACACUAUUUGGUCUUCAAAGCUGAAAGUGGGAAAAACAUAACAGUGCAGUGCACCUUAUGCCUGUAAAUUUACAGGCAAGACCAACACUGCUAACGUAUAUAGCCUACAGACAUCCAGUUAGCUGAGGUUAAAGUUGGUUAGCUUACCUGUUAGUAUUGCUUGCCGCACUAACAUAAUGAAAAAGGGGUCACUUUGAUAACUGGGAUGAUCGUGUGGGGAUAAAACACAAGCCCCUGACCAAAAUAUAUUCAGGGCCGUUUAAUUGAAGUUUCAGCGUGAAGUGUAACAUCUGUUUAUUAACAAAGCAAGUUUGGCUACAUAUAAAUUAAAUGCACGCUGUUACCGCAACUAUCACGUAAAAAACAUUCAAACAGCAUUUGUAAACUAUACUACUGUGAUGUUCACAUAAAUAUUGAGUGAUGUGUCUUGUCAUAGGUGCUGAGAAAAGUCAGUUAAAGGCUCUCUGGCACCUUCCAUAUGAAUGCUGGAUAUAUUGUAUGUGACCAUAUGAUUCGAGUACCAUAUCCCAGAUAAAAAAACUGUUGGGAAAAAAUUAGCGAUCACCUAGGCCUGCACAUUGGAGUUGCUGUUGCUUUAAAUAGGUACACUCUGCAAGUUGAAAGGAAUCGUCCUACAACCCGGGAGUGUGCGGUAUUCCUUUUUGUUCCUGUUUUUUUUACGUUGCAAUGCAUUUUUCUUGAUUACUAAAAGAAAUAGAGGAAGCAGGCCGACACUGCGGCCUGUCAGGGCACUGGGUUCACGUUUGGGACUUCAAAUAUUUUUUUCUAAGGACUUUAUGUUGAGGAACACUGAUCAUCUGAUAACCCAUACCCAUGUUGAACAACACUGACAGAAUAUGUGCAACAUAUGUGUGUUAUGUUUUUGGGCCUAAAGGCGCUAAUACAGAUCUCCUGAUUUAAGUUCUAACAGCGGAUGGAAACAAGUUCUUUUUUGAUAAAAAUAGAAUUUGUUAUACUACUAUACUAUACUGUACUACUCUGUAGGGGCACACUACAAUUUAAUUAGGAACCUGCAGGCCUACUGUCAGUAUUUACUUUAAGGUUUUCUUCUCUUUGACAGUAAAAAAUACUGUGGAUGUUCUAAAUCUGUGUGGUAACCAGAAAAGAACAUAUUUUCUUUCUUGUAAAAGAAGCUGAUUUUAUUUUUGUAAACUGUGGUGUUGUGCAAUUCCAUCAUAUGUCUAUUGGCUGAAUAGGGCAGGUUUAAUUCUUAAAACUUGUUUUCCUCAUUUCAUUUUUUCUUAUUGAUUCUUAUUCUUAUUCUGUUGUCUUCAUUUGCACAUUUGGCAUAGAGGUAAUCAAAAAGUAACGGAAAGUAAUCAAGUUACAUUACUUUUGAUAUUGUAAUGCUUGGAUAAGGUUACUGAAUACAAUUUUUAACAUGUAAUUUAGUUAUUGUAUCUGAAUACAUUUUUAUAGUAACCCU